AUGUUCAAAUGGUUGACCGGAGACCGCGAUAAAGGCAACCGCGUUUUUGCCUCAGUCGCAGAUGGCCUUCAGGUGCUGUACAAAGAUCGACUGCUUCCAGUCGAAAGGGACUUCAGUUUCAACCACUUCUUCUCACCCGAGUUAACUGAUGCGGAUUUCUCUGCGCGACCUAUGGUUAUGCUCACCGGACAGUAUUCAACUGGUAAGAGUACGUUCAUUCGGCACCUGCUUGGGCGGGACUACCCUGGAUUGCGAAUUGGCCCAGAGCCAACGACAGACAAGUUCGUCGCAGUAUGCAAGGGAGACAUGGAUCAGGUCAUUCCGGGGAACGCCUUGGUUGUUGACAAAUCUAUGCCUUUCACACAGCUGAGUCACUUUGGCAACAACUUCCUCACACGUUUCGAGUGUGCGAAGCUUGACAGCGCCGUUCUAAACGGCAUGUCCCUCAUAGACACACCCGGUGUUCUGUCUGGAGAGAAGCAACGCCUCAAACGCGGUUAUGAAUUCGAGGAAGUCAUCAAAUGGUUCGCAGAUCGUGUGGACAUGAUCCUAGUCCUUUUUGAUGUGUCCAAGCUCGACAUUUCAGAUGAGUUUCGCCGAGUAUUGCUUGCAUUGAAGGGGAAUGAUCAAAAGAUUCACAUCAUUCUGAACAAGGCCGAUCAAGUAACGACGCCGCAGCUGAUGCGCGUGUAUGGGGCCCUCAUGUGGUCCCUGGGCAAAGUAAUAGAUACCCCAGAAGUGUCCCGCGUUUACAUCGGCUCUUACUGGGAUGGAGCACUGCGGAACGUAGAAAUGCGAAAUCUCUUUGAGUCGGAAGAGAAUGACCUCUACACGGCCUUGUCGCAGAUGCCCCGGGGUGCUGCAACGAGAAAGCUGAACGACUUGAUCAAGCGGGCGAGACUGGCCCGGGUGUUGGCAUUCCUCCUAAACCACCUCAGGAACAAGAUGCCAUCCUUCAUGGGCAAGAGCAAGGAGCAGAAGAAGCUCAUUGACAACCUUACCAAUGUUUAUGGAGACAUCGCCAAGGAACGUGGUUUGGCAAUGGGCGACUUCCCCGAUCCAAAUCUCAUGAGGGACAAGCUGGAGAAGAUGGACUUCACGAAGUUUCCGAAAUUGGAUAAGAAGAAGAUGGACAAUCUGGAGGCCAUGAUCCACCAAGAGCUACCUCAGCUUCUGAGAUUGACAACCGAGGAGGCGGCUGCGGCUGAAGCUGCUGAAGUGGCCCAGCUCUCUGUGGGGGCUUCGCCGUUCGCUGUCAUGAAGGUGGACGGGCAAAGCGAACAAACCGUGUACCAAAACCAGUGGCUGACUUGUCCGAAUGUCGAGGAAUACGAAGCAGACUUUCAAGCUGUUGGUCCCAACGAUGCUGGGAAGAUUUCUGGUUCGCAGGCAAAGGUCAAGCUCGAGGAAAGCAAGCUGCCCUCAAAGGUGCUGCAUGCAAUUUGGAACUUGUCUGACGUGGACAAGGACGGUUUCCUAUCUUUGCCAGAGUUCGCGCUAGCCCAGCACUUCAUAAAGAUGAAGUUGGCCGGGCAGGAUCUUCCUGCGUCUCUUCCCCCGCAGAUGAUUCCACCAGCUGAAGCUAACCGAGCUUAG